GACAACGCCACCUCCGAACUUGAAUUCACGGCCGGUCACUGAUUAGAAUUCCUGGCCCGUAAUCAGCCCAGAGCCUACUAGUUCAUCAUUCGAAAACUCAAUUGACUGGAUCAUUGAUUUUACUUUCCAGCCUCGAUUGUUGGCCGCAAUAUGGCGUCUCGCACGUACAUGUCACCGACCAAAUCCAGUACAGUUGGAAUGUCCUCGACGAAUAUGACUUCUUCUUUAGCCAGUAAAACUCCCUCCAAGGAUCAAUUGCCCAAGAAACGUAAAGAAGCUCACUCCUCACCCUCAUCCACUUCCAAGGACCAACGAGGAGAGGAAGCUGAUUUCUUCUCUGCCCUCGCCGCCAAUGAAGCCCAAGCCGGUCUCGCAUCAACGUCCAAACCGAAGCGCCAACGCAAGAAGAAAGCUGAGGGUGGAGAGCCAGCAGAGAAGCGCGUCAAGCGAUUCAGGGUCAAACCUCCAGUCUCGUACUUGGAACGCUUACAGCGCGUGACUACGCAGCGGAUGUUCUUGAUCGAUCGGGAGAAGGGCGUUGGUGAGGAUGGGGAGUGUCCCGAGGAGAAGUUUGACAUUGCCGGUUCUACGGGCAAUAUCUACCAGGUUACUAUCUCUAAAGUUCCGAGGUGUACUUGUCCAGAUGCGGGAAACGGAAAUCAAUGCAAGCAUAUUAUAUAUGUCAUGGUCAACGUCUUGAGAGCUCGUGAGGACUUAGCGUACCAGCUCGCACUUCUCAGCACUGAGCUCAUUGAGAUCUUUGCCAAUGCUCCAGUUACGCCUCAGUCAUCUGACAGUGCCCCAUCAACUGCUACCGAUACAGGUGGUUCUCGAAAGCCAGUUGAAGGAGACUGUCCAGUCUGCGUCAUGGAGUUCGAUGAGAGUGACAAGUCCGAGGAGAUUCUGUGGUGCAAGGGUGCGUGUGGGAACAAUAUCCACCGACAGUGCUUCGAACAAUGGGCGAGAAGCAAGCCUGGUCCGGUCAAGUGUGUCUAUUGCCGGACACCAUGGAAAGGUGAUGAGGAUAGCCUCAAGCGUAUCAGCAAGAGCGGACAGGUCAACGAGGAAGGCUAUGUCAAUGUUGCUGGUGAACUUGGUUUGAGUGGUCAACGUGAUAUGAGUACGUAUCAUCAGGUUUGGGUUCGACGUCAGUUCGGCGAUGGCUACUAUUAGUUAGGAGAGGGGAUGUGGAGGGGUGAGGGUGUACGAUAUGAUAUUAGCGUAUGAACUUUCCAUGAUGAGGACGAUGGCAAUGGAUAAUGGGGCAUGGGGCGUUGCUUGGGGAUACCUAUUUGCUUUUGACGGUACGACACCAGUGUAAGACUAGGCUGCUUUAAAAUGGCAGCAACGCAAGAGAGGUCAAAAUGGACACGAGCACCCAAGUACUUCCCUUGCAUCAAGAUUGUUGGGCGAUUUACUUUUGACAUGAGCUAUAAAUGAACGAGACAAAGUCUUU